AUGACAGUCUGGGUGGCCGCUGAAGCUCUUACUGUGGAAACUACAGAGAAUGUUCUUCGGGCUGCUCGAGGAAGGAGUGUCACCCUCCCCUGCACCUACAGCACCUCUGUUUCAGACCGAGAGGGAUUCAUUCAGUGGGAUAAACUUCUCAGAAGUGAAACGGAAAGAGUGGUCACCUGGAAUUUUGUGACGAAGAAAUACAUCUAUGGGAACCGUUAUGAGAACCGCGUGAGAGUGUCUAACGAUGCUGAGCUGUCAAACGCCUCUGUCACCAUCGACCAGCUGACCAUGGACGACAACGGCACCUACGAGUGCUCCGUGUCACUGAUGUCAGACCAAGAUAUCACCGCCAGGUCUCGAGUCCGCCUCUUGGUCCUCGUACCACCCUCGAAGCCAGACUGCGCCAUCGAAGGGGAGACAGUGAUUGGGAACAAUAUUCAGCUGACAUGCCGGUCUGCAGAGGGCUCCCCGAGUCCGCAGUACAGCUGGACGAGUUACAAUGCCCAGAACCAGCAGCGACCGCUCACCCAACCAGUCUCAGGCGAGCCCUUGCUUCUGAAGAACAUCUCCACAGAGACAGCGGGUUACUACAUCUGCACCUCCAGCAACGAAGUGGGGACAGAGUUCUGCAACAUCACUGUGGCACCCAGACCUCCCUCCAUGAACAUUGCACUGUAUGCGGGCAUCGCGGGGGGUGUCUUUGCGGCCCUCAUCAUCAUCAUCGUCAUCGUUUACUGCUGUUGCUGCCGGGAAAAGGACGACAAAGCUCAGGCCGUGGAGGACGCGCAGCUGAACCGAGCAGCUUACCAAGAGCCUAAAAAGCGGCAGAUAGAAGUUUCCAGAGAGCGGGAAGAUGAGGAUGACCGCAGGCAUGAGGAUCAGAGGAGCUCGGGGCGGAGCACUCCGGAUCAGCCUUUCCAGUGAAGGGGCUUCUGCCCAGCAGGAGAGGAGGGGGGCUCGGGCCCAGGCUCCUGCUCUGACCACCUCUCUCCCAAGCCCCAUAGUCCCGCCCCUCCCCCAGGCAUCAGUGGAGUACUUCUGUGCAUCUGCCUCUGGAGAGCAUCACUGGCCUGGCUACUGAGGUCCUACUGAUGACCACUGAAAAGAUCUUCUUUAUUGCUCCAUGUGCUCAGGGCCUGGCCUUCUCCCUAGGCCAGACAGCAGCCUCUACCUCCCUUACGGCUGGCAGGGGCUCCUAGAAGCUCAGCACGGUCCGAUCCGGGGCUGCUUCUGGUCAGCGCUGCCCAUACAGGCAAGCGCCAGCUUCGGAAGGUGGGAGCCCUGCCCCGCCCAACCAUGCCCAGCACUCAGGGGAGAACCAGUGAUGAGCUUGCACUCAGUAUUUCGUGGAAUGAAGGGAAAAAAUCAACGAUAAGAUGUAGUCUCUGUGAUUCACCGAGCUUAAUUGUGCCCUCCAUGCUGGGGGGACCACGGUGGCCCUCAGCUUCCUCUCCUACCACAGCGCUUCUGUUCCUAGACACACGCCUUCUUAGGACGUCCCCAAACACGGUUCCAUCUCUGCCUGUCCUUAGACCCUCCCCGCCCCCCAGUCUUGGACCCCACUAAAUUUCUCUUAAUCCUGUCGUGACUGCUAACACGAAGGGAGACCGUGAAGUCACUUUGUCUCGCGCCUAGACCUGGGCUGCAUGCAAGGCCACCAGAGCUAUACUUCCUGCUGCGCUAGAAUAGGUACCCUGGGGCAGGGUCUGGAUCUUGGAGUCUCCCAGCUGCAACUGGGGACUUGCUGUCAUGGCCAGGGCUUUGCCUCCUUGGAUGUGACUUGGGACACCUGGCGACUCCACCCUAGCCCGGUGUUAGGCUGGUUAGGUGGGCGGACUGAUUUGAAAUGGGCAUGAACACAAGCUUUCUUGCCUCCUACCUCUGCCCAGCAUCACCCUCUGAGCGCCAGCUGCCCUGCCCACAGCCCUCUCGCUCUCUGAGCGCCAGCUGCCCUGCCCACAGCCUCUCUUUCCGCUACUGUCCCCGACUCAGGCCAGCUGGGCUGUUCCAAGUGUGUUUUUAACUACUGGAUAAACUUUUCGGGAUCACCAGAAGAGCAACCGUAUCAAUCCCUUUCCCCAUUCUUAUUUUAUGUACACACAUAUUUUUUUAUAUACUUUGCUGAACUCU